AUGUUGAGAAAUGCACAUGGUAGGACAGCCUUUUCCCUAUGUUUAUCCUUGAUUUGCUUAUCAAUUUUGAAUCUUUUUUCAGAUACCCCUGUAUAUCUUGGUUUCGGAAACGAUUUAGGAGUUGAUAAUUUGUAUCGUCUUCGCAGUAUUUUUCUACCAUUGGGAAAGAUUGGUGGUAAACCGUCAUGGCUUAACCCUCAACGUCUCCCCACAACAGCUGAAUUACAAUGCAGUGUAUGUCAUAAGGCUAUGGCGUUUUUGAUUCAAAUUUACGCAACAAGUGAUAACGAUCCUCCUCACGCCUUCCAUCGAGCCCUUUUCAUCUUCAUUUGUCGUGAUCCAGAAUGUUCCAAGAACAAUGAUGCAUCGAAUAUAGCCGUGUUCCGAUGCUGCCUUCCGCGAUCAAAUCCAUUUUAUUCUUUUGAUGGACCAAUGGAUCCAGAUUUAGAUGGCGAUGUUGCCGAUCCGCGCCUCCCUGAAGAUGCUCCCAGUUUAUGUCGAAUAUGUGGUUGCUACGCCUCUAAGAAAUGUGCAAAAUGUGGUGUUGCCUGGUACUGCUGCCGUGACCAUCAAGCACUGGAUUGGACAUCGGGACACAAGCAGGCAUGUGGUUCUGGUGAAGGUGAUUCUGCAAUAUCUGCUCCUCUUACAAAUCCCUCCAACAGAUUCCUAUUCAAAGAGUAUGGUAUCGAAAUGGAGCAGGAGUACGUUUCGGCAGAUCUAUUGGAGACCUUAAGCGACGAUGACGAUGAUGAUGAUGACAACGAUGAUGAACCAUGCAUUGACGAUGAACCAGAGGACGUCACAAAGAGGCGCAUGGCGGAGUUCGAGGCUUACGUAGCUAAAAAUAAACUUGUGAAUCGGGCUCCUCCUUUGAAGUUGGCUCCACCGUGUGAGCGGUGUGGUGCAGUGCGCAACUUUGAAUUACAGCUAAUGCCUCAUCUCCUCGCGCUCAUCGGCGUUGAUCAAAUUGGUCAUUCGAUUGAUUGGGCUUCCAUUUACGUCUUCACGUGUUCACGAACUUGUGAGAUUGAAAACAAUGGCUAUAGCAAGGAAUUCGUUUGCAAGCAAGACUUCUGUUGA